ACCUCGCACGACUUCACCAACUGGCAUCGGAUCGGGCGCGGCGGCUUCGGCAAGGUGUACCGAGCCACCCCCCUACACCCGCAUUUCCCAACCACCCCCGUGGCAAUAAAAGUAGUGGACAAGCGGCAGCUGAAGACCCCAGCAGCAGAGCAGCGGCUAGCGCAAGAGGUGAGCAUCCACGAGAGCAUGGACCACACGCACAUUGCGCGCAUCUACGAGUCCUUUGAGGACGACCGGUUCGUGUAUUUGGUGAUGGAGUACUGUGAGAACGGGGAUCUCUGGCAGUACUUGAGGAGGCGCCUUGGGGGUGUGGCCGAGGGGUUGGCUGCGCUGGGGGAGGGCGAGGCCAGAAUGGUGAUGCGCCAAGUAUGCGAGGCCACGGCGUAUAUACACCGCAGGGGUGCGCUGCACAGGGACCUGAAGCUGGCCAACAUUCUGCUGGCUUCUAACAUGCACGUGCGCGUAUGCGACUUCGGGCUCGCCACACGGACCAACCAGCCCAGCAGCAGCAGCAGCAGCAGCAGCGGGGGCGGCAUAGGGGCGAGGAGAUGACAUUGUGCGGCACGCCUAGCUACAUUUCGCCCGAAGUUCUGGCGCGCUUGCCGUAUGGCAGCGAAUCCGAUGUUUGGGCGCUUGGGUGUUUACUGGUGACCUUGCUGACUGGUACGCAGCCCUUUGGGGCGGUUGGCAGGGGUGACCAGAUCACGGAGGACGUGGUGGCGCGCCAGGUGCGGCUGCCAAGGACGCUGUCGAGGGAGGCGCGGCACCUGGUGUUUGAGCUGCUGCGUGUGGAUCCGCGCGAGCGGCUGCGCAGCGAGGAGAUACUGGACCACGAGUUUUUUGCCAGUGGCAAGCCUGAGGUGCCACUGCAGAGGAUUGAGGACAACGCGGGGAGGGAUCGGAUCCUCCCACACGCGGACAAUGCCUUGAAUGCAGCUGCAUUAUUGGGCGAGCGCAUUCUGCCGCAGAGGCACGCGGGCGGAGCCGGACGUCGGCCAGGAGCACCCGCAUUAGAACCGGCACCGGCACCGGCACCGCACCCACAUUAGAACCGGCACCGGCC